CAGCACUGAAUAAUGUAAUGACCAUUUAAUUUUAUAGACUUUUAUUAAAAAAUAAUGCAACAAUCCGAACAAUUUCUCAGAUUGCAAUUUAAGAUUGUUUACACUGAUCUAUUGAUAUGUCAAAAUGGUCGGAUAGGUUAUUGACACGCAAAAAUUGACAUUUUCAUACAGAGGCCAUCUCUAAUCCGUGUUCCGUCCUCCCAAUGAUAGAUUGAUUUUUAAGAUUGCAAAUUCUUUCCGAGGAUAGCUUAUUGGCAUGCUUUAUAUAAGAAAUGGAUUGAUAUAUCAAUAUUAGAUGGGAAAAAACGGAUUAGGAUUGAUUAUUAAUUUCGGGCGUAAGUGGAAUGUAUCAAUGGUGACUUGGACUAGAGUACCUCAGAGAAAGACUAUCGUAAGCCGUACACAAAUUACUUCCAAAUAAAUUAUCUUUAUCUGUAUUUAAUUUAAUACAAGUUGACCAACAUUCAGAUUUUUAAGUGACUUGAAAAAUAACCUCUAAAAUUGCAAGAAAAGCAAUCUCAAUAUUAACAUUAGUUUAUUUUGGGGAUUUUAUAUCCUUAAAAAUAUAAAUAAAACAAAUUUACGAUUUAAUGCUAUGGGAUAUUUCACAAAAUUUACUUUCAAAUUAAUUUGACAUUUGUUUUCGCGGUUUAAUAAUAGUGAAUAAUCUUCUAUAAAUCCUAAACUUGAGAGUGUUUUGUUGACGUCACGUCUACAUUGUAUUCGCAAUGAUACAUUUCACCACAUUCGUUUAAUUUAAAGGCAAGUAGAGCAAGAUGAGCACUGAUCUUAGUGGUGAAGAUGUAGUAGUGCAAUUGGCUUCAUUGCCACAAAUCAUAACAGCGGAGGACGCGCGCGGGGCUGCGGGCGGCGUGGAACUGGGCCGGCGGCUGAUGCUGGCGGCGCGCGCGGGCGACACGGCCGCCGUGCUGGAGCUCAUGCAGCAGGGCGCGCCCUUCAGCACGGACUGGCUGGGCACGUCGCCGCUGCACCUGGCGGCCGCCAACGACCACGUGGACACGUGCGCCGUGCUGCUGCGCGCGGGCGUGAGCCGCGACGCGCGCACCAAGGUGGAGCGCACGCCGCUGCACCUGGCGGCGGCGGCGGGCCACGCGCGCGUCGUGGCGCUGCUGCUAGAGCACGGCGCGGCGCCCGACGCGCGCGACAUGCUGCGCAUGACGCCGCUGCACUGGGCGGCGGCGCGCGGGCACGCGGCCGUGGCGCGCGCGCUGCUGCGGCGCGGCGCCGACCCGCGCCUGCGCUGCAAGUUCCACAAGACGCCGCGCUGCCUGGCGCUGCGGGCGGCGCGCGCCGACCUGCUGGCGCUGCUGGACGCCGCCGAGCAGCACCCGCCCGCCGGCGCGCCGGAGCCCGACCAUGUGACGAGGAUAGAAGCCAAACCGCAAGCUAAAGUGAAGAUGCAGCCUGAGAAAAAGAUUAUAAUCGAGUCUAAAACACAGCCGAUUCCCGCGAGUGCGAAGGUGGGGCGUGGCGCGAGUGUCGGCGGCGCGGCGGCGGGCGGCGCGGACGCGGCGGCGCUGCUCAGAGCGCACGGCAUCACGCUGCUGCCGACCGACCGCGGCUCCACCGUGCUGUCGGCGCUGCGCAGCGGCCGCACCGUCGUGCUGUCCGACGCCGGCAAGCUGAUGCUCAAAGAGAGCGGCGCCAGCGUCAGCGAGCCGCGCGUGCUGGCCGGCGGCAGCGCCAGCGGCGCCGAGCUGAGCGACGAGGGCGCGGGGCGCGGGCGGGCGCGGCCGCGGGCGCAGGGGGUGAAGCUGCUGCCGCUGCACAAGAACCAGCCGCUGAAGAGGGUCAUACACCCCAAGGACUUGCAGCAGGUGAAGGUGGUGCGCUUGCCGGCGGGGGCGGGCGGGGCGGGCGGGGCGGGCGGCGCGGGCGGCGCGGGCCGGCAGCGGCAGGCGCUCAAGAUCGUGCUGGACAAGGCGCACCUGCAGCGCCUGCUGGCCACCACGCGCCCCGCACCGGCCGCACCCGCAGCACCCGCCGCACCCGCCGCACCCUCCGCACCCGUCGCCACGGGCGCGGCGGAGGGCGCGGCGGAGGAUGCGGGGGAGGAGGCGGCGGACGGCGCGCUGCGGACGCAGCUGGCGGAGGCGCGCGCACAGCUGGCGUCCAUGGGCGCCGAGCUGCAGGCGUGUCGCGCGCGCCUGCAGCACUACGAGCAGUGACCGCGCACUCCUGGCCCCCCUCCUCGAACGGACUCUUCCACGAAGGAGGAGAAUCCGCUGACAACAACAACAGAAACUUGCUACCGUAGCGCCGGCAACGACUCGCAGCGGACGCGCGCUGUGGCUGACAUUUUGAGACGCCAUUCUGAAAUAAAAGUGAAUGCCCAACCCGGCGCAGGCAAACACCCAAUUUACUUAUAUCGAAAAAACUCAUUUUAUUAUUGAAAUCAUUUCAUAAUGACAAGAAGUUUGAUCCAAUGUUUUAAAACAUUUUUAAUUUGUUCCCAAUGUGGACAAAUAUAGAUUGUUCACCGUACAGCCUGAGUUUUACGACAUUUUCUGAAAACUCAUGAUUGUUUUGUUUGUUUAGCUUGUUGGUUAUAUAAAAAAGUAGAAUAAAAAAAAUCAGCUACAAAUUCACUGCAGCCGCUGCAGUGAAUUUGUAGUUUUUGUUACAAAAAACCGACUUUGAAAUUACAGAGUAGUGAUAUGUCUGUGUGAUCUGAUCAGAUCGAUCGAUAUUAUUUAAGUUAGUCAGACAUCUAGAAAGAUUAUUAUGUUUCGAUUUGUAGUCUUGGAAGUCGAAUUUCGAAAUGCUUUGUAAAAAUAUAUAUUUCUAACGUUAAAUUGACGCUGUGAUCUUAGUUUACGUCGAAAUAAUGACAUUUCCUUUUUUAAUUUAGUAGGGUAUACCGUAGUCCACGAAGAAUCGCCGUGUCCGUCUGUCUGUCCCCCCGUCGUCGGAGUAUUACUACUAGAAAGCUAUAAAUUAGCAUGAGUUUAGAACAAAAGUCGUACAAUAAAAUCCUGAAAAAUAUUUUUUUAGGAUAUCUCCCCUACGUGCAAAUAUAAAAACAUUUUUCGAUUUAGGCAUCCGUUGGUAAAAUAUUAUGCUUUUAAGAGCUAAUUUUUAACCCCCGACGCUAGGUGUUAUAAGUUUGAUGUGUCUGUUUGUCUAUCUGUGGAAACUACCAAUUUAGUUUUUUUAUAUUAAAGGUGUGUGUUAUUAGUAAUGUUUAAUGAAAAUCGACUGAGCCGUUUAAAAUUUGUGGGGGUGAAAGUGGGGAUGAAUAGCCGUCUACAAAUUAUACUCGAUUGGGUCUCAAAUGAAAGCGUACUAAAAGAGAAUAUUCAUGACUUGAUCGAGAGUGUAAUUAACAAUUUCAUGGCCUUCGGGGGUUUUUCAAAAUUAUCAAUUUUAUGUUAUUGUUAGAGUCAAGUGUCUCUCCCCACCCUCUACCGGCUAAACGGUUGUCUUAUGAAUACGUGAAAAAAUUCACGAAGUACUUAGGUAUGUAAUGAAAUUACAAUGAAAACUGUAUCAGCUAAGAAGCAAUUGCUAUUUAAAGAGUCGACCGAAGUCGUCGAAAAACGCAAUUGGAAAUUGACAAUUGCAUACUAAUUCCUUAGUUGAUAAAGUUGUUAAAAAUAUAAUUUGGAAAAAACGUGGUUCCUUUCCUACAUGCAUCGUGAUAAUGAUUUUUUUUAUCGUGUGUCCCACGGUGUGGGGUAUCGUUAUCAGUAUUUUUGUGAAUUACAGAAGGGAUUAAACUGCUCAUUUAAUCUACGGAACCUUACACUGCGGGUGGUCAAUUUUUUAAAAUAUUAUUAAAAAAAUUGUAUAGCUUUUUUACCGUUACAAUAGAAAUCAGGUACUUUGAUUAACGUUGUGGUAAUGAUUAGACCAUUGUUAGUGUUAAUGAAUACAAUUAUUAUAUUUUAAAAUUGAAACCAUCGUGAAUGUUAUUCAUAUAACAUUAUUACUCAACAACGUGACACUACGUCGGAGUAUGUUCGACUAGUUUCGAACCCAUACGGGGCUCUUAGUCAUAAGCUGGUUCAGGCAACAUGAUAUUAGUAGGGCAUACUCGACACUGUGUGACGUAAGUUACCUACAGCCAUGUCUUAUUUACAAUAAUUUAACUGGAUUAUUUCGUUUCUCAGGAUCCUGAUUUUAUAGAGAAGGUAUUUUAUAAGGAUAAUAAUUUAAUUAGUUAGGUAUUUUAAGCUGUACGUUAACUUUUGUAAAUAUUUUUUUUUAUGACAAUAAAAGAUAUUUUUGUAUUUA